GCGUCGCAGUACAUGCAUCAAGAUUCCAGUGAUACGAUCGAUCCAUGAUGCGGGUCGACGCCGCCGCUGUGACCCAGGGCAUAGCCAUCGCCAGCUUCGCGCUUCUCCUUCCCGAGGCUAUCCUUGGUCGCCCUCCCACGCGCAGCUUCCGCCUCCAGCAGCUGUUCUUUGUUCUGCCUCAAUUCGCAUCCAUUGUCCUCGUCAUGAUGCAUUCUCGUUUGAAGUGGCAGCACUUCCGCCCCCAAACAAAGCACAACUUGUUUGUCGUGCACAUUGCCAUACUCGUGUUUGCUUGCAUCGCCAUGGAACAGUCUGGGUUCCGCAUGGGUCUGCGGUGGUGCUGUACCUUUCGAUCGUCCUGUCCUCCGACGCCGUUGGUGCAGCCAGCCAGAUGCACCGACGCAUUCAGUUCCAUAGGUCGGCUCGUGCUGGUGUCCAUGCAUUUCAUCGGCACCGUGGGCUGUUUCGUCGCCCAAGGAGCGCUUCUCACGUCCAACUCGCUUCAAACGACGCUGCUAACGACCUAGUACCAACACGAUGUCUAUUCUUCUUUACAAAUGCUAAUUACGCAAACAAUUCGCCUUGCUUGGGCGGCUGUUGCUUCCCCGUCGCUUGGUUGUUGUGUCCGUCCUUGGUCGCCGUCCCCGCCGGCAGCGGCGCCUGUUCCGGCUGCUGCAACUCGAUCGUCGCGAGCUUGACGUCGUUUUCUGACACCUUUUGCACGUCGUCGGGCUUGAGUUCCUUGUCGCACAUGGGGCAAAUCGAUUCCGCUUCCAAAUGACUCACCAAAUGCGAAUACAGCGCUGGAAACUGGCAGUGCGGACAUUGGCUCCAGUCGGUUUUAACCAUGUGGUAGCCCUACACCACACAUCGUCAGCCUUCUUAAC